AUUUCAAAAUAUUAGAUUUUUUUUUUAAUUUUUAUUGCGAUCAUAAUUUUAAAUAUAGUUAAUAUAUAUGUUUCAGCACAUUCUCCAGGUGUCACUAACUUACGCCUAUCACUGCUGUGCUUUUCAUUACCCAAGCAGGCAUGAUCCAACCAGGUAUCGCAAGCACCAGGAAUUUUUGGCAAAGAUUGCAGCGAAGUGCCCCAAGAUGAGAGGGAAGAGAUCCUGGGGUGCUCCUAUUUCCACAGGUCACCACCAGCCGACAGAAACCUUUGAAGGCACAUUCCAUCAAGAAGCAUUCAACAACCUCUCGGAGACGAAAGGUCGAAAGAUGCUGGCUGAAUGCGGUAACCUAAGCAAAGACUACAGGCAGGUUGAAUGUACCCCGGCCCCCGAUGCAUUUAACCCCUGCGAGGACCUCAUGGGAAAUUGGGGCCUCAGAGUCGCCGUCUGGUUCGUCGCCGUUGCUGCUCUCCUUGGUAACACUGCCGUCCUCCUGGUGUUAUUGAGUUCGAGGUUCCGGAUGACCGUACCCAAGUUCCUCAUGUGUAACCUGGCGUUGGCUGACCUCUGUAUGGGGGUAUAUCUCCUCAUGAUCGCAGUUAUGGAUGCUAAAUCGAUUGGAGAUUACUUCAACUAUGCUAUAGACUGGCAGAGUGGAAAUGGUUGUAGAAUCGCAGGUUUCCUCACUGUAUUCUCCAGCGAACUGUCCAUUCUAACCCUGACUGUGAUAACCUGCGAACGAUGGUACACCAUCACCUAUGCCAUCCAUAUGAACAAGAGGCUCAAGUUAUCCACUGCCAUGAAGAUCAUGGCUGCAGGCUGGCUCUACGCCAUACUGAUGGCCGCGCUUCCGCUCGUAGGAGUCAGCGGCUACUUCAAAACAAGGGGACAGGCUGUGAUAGGAAAUUAAUGGGAUAUGUACGGAGCAAGCUUUAA